AUGCUCCUCCCCAGAUCAAAUCUCUGCCUCCACGUCCCAGGCGAAUCGAACCUCCGAAUCAGGAGCUCGAGGGUCGAGAAGCCUAAUGUUUCCCACUUUCGGAUCAGCGGUAUCGCCAUGCAUCUUCUGAGCCGUAGCAUGACCUGGACUGUCGCCAGUUUCGCCUUUGCCAUUCUCGUAUUCAUUCGCUGGUUCUCCAGUCUCAACCUCAAUGUCAGAGAGGUUCUUCAAUGCGUUCUUAGGAGUACCAUCAGUCUGAUCGGUGGAUUGUAG